AUGUCAUUUCCAAAAACGUUAAAUGUUCCCGACAAGUCUUCUUUGUUAGUGCCUCAAACCACGAAGGCUUCUGCGACUGGACCAACAACUGCGGUUUCAUACGAAACUGCCAGUCUGGAAAUACGAUCUAUUAGAGAAUCACCAUAUCUUCCUUCCUCACCAGUUGACUCACAACAAUUUGAUGGGCGUAGCAUAAUAUCCACAUCUGGGAUGUCAGAAUACAUUGCAGAUUUAAAUGAUCUACCAAGUAUUCGACAUGAUAUCAACCCCACUUCCAUCAAGACGGGUGGUACUGGCUCAAGAUCCUUUAAAUUUCUGAAUUGUUUUCAAACAUUAGACAGUGAACUAUCCAACAUGGAUUUUUUUACAAAAUACAUAAGCAUUCUGAAAGGUGACGAUAAGGCUCAAUUUAACAACAAAUUGAAACAUUUUUUUAUCUUCUCCAGUGCUGGCAAACCGAUAUAUUCGAUGAACGGAUCUGAUGAUAUUGUGAUAGGAUAUAUGGGGAUUCUCACCACAAUAGUUUCUAGUUUCCAAGAAAAUUUUAAUCAAGAAUUACAAGUGCUUGAACUUGGCCAAGGUUUAAAAAUCGUGGCGGUCAAUAAAAGUCCCAUAAUUUUAAUCUCAAUAUCGAAACUUCUGUUUGAAACUGUGGAAAGUGUGCAUUUGCAAUUAGAUACUUUGUAUUGUUAUUUGAUUGGGAUACUAUCGAAAUCUGUAAUUGAUAAGCACUUUAAUAAUCGAUUAAACUACGAUCUUAGAAGAAUACUAAGUCCUUUGGAUUUCGAAAACUUGGAUGAAUUAUGUCUUAAUUUAACUUAUGGAAUACCAAACACCAGCGAUAGAACUCAAGAUUCCACUUUUGGAUUAUACACAAGUCAAGUAUUAUUACCAUUGUCAAGAGAAAGUGUUAAGAUCAGACAUACAUUAAGGUCCAAACUAAAUAGUAUUGUCAACACUAACAAUGAGGAUGUGCUAUUUACAAUAUUGCUUUCUGGUAAUGGGAAAAUAUUAAAUUAUUUGCAUCCUAAACAACAUAACUUGCCAAACAAAGAUCUAAACAUGUUAUUAUUCAUAAUACAUUCGUUGUUAAAGAAUCAAAGCCAACAAGAUGAAGAUUUGUGGUUACCCUUGUGCAUGCCGACCUUUAAUGAUCAUGGGUUUCUUUAUGUGUUUGUUCGGCAGUGGCAGGAUUUGGUUUUGAUGUUGAUAAGCGGCAGCAAAAACUCUUUUGAUGCGUUAAAAUUGUCAGCCAAUGAAAUCUGCACUAAAUUGAAUAACAAGCAAGAGUUAGCCGUUAAGUUGAUUAAUGAAUUGAGCAUACCAUUAAGCAUUGAGGUGCCAUUUGUGUUUAAGCACUUUAUUUAUAAGGACAUUAGAUUAAAUCAGUUUGUGAUGAGUGAAUUACCUACGCACGAGUUUUCCAGUUUUCAAUUUUUGAAGUGCUAUAAUGAGUUGAAGGUCAGUCAAGCAAAAAUUAUUAAACAUGAUAACAAUUUGAACUACAAAAAGUUGACAUAUUUGCAGGAUAGGGAUAUAACUGGCUUCAUGCUUAUGGACAAAUACUAUGAGUUCUACUGCAUCAUUGAACGUUCAAGUGAACAGGAAACAAUCACAUCUAAGAAAUUAAUACAGAUAAGUUCUCAAAUUAUAAGGUGGUGUAAAAAGAACCAUGCCCGGCUUUUUGUUACUAUAUAA